AUGGAUCUUCUCUCGACCAUCCGAAAAACCGGCUCGAGAGGUGGCGUCAACUUCAGCUGGGACGAAGUUGCCAACUCCAGCCAUCGCGAAAACUACCUCGGCCACAGUCUCAAAGCUCCAGUUGGAAGAUGGGCAAAGGGCAGAGAUCUGAACUGGUACGCCAAAUCUGAGGCCACCGCGGCGUCAUCGAACGAGACAGACGAAGAGCGCCAGGACCGAGAACAAAAGGAGGAACUGCGCAAGAUCAAAGAGGCGGAGGAAGACGCAAUGGCCAAAGCAUUGGGCCUGCCGCCUCCAGUUAGGAAUACGUCUGGAGCCAAUGCGGUGGAAGUUGAACCGAAGCGACAAAGAGAUCAAGACGACAUGGGGACGACAGAAGAGAACGAAGACGACACAGGAGCAGAAGCAGAGACAGAAGCAGGAGCCCUGACCGGCGCCGCGACAGAGACCGUCGGCGACGCAGCCCUGAUCGUGCCGAGGGACGAGACGAACGAAAUCGCGACCGGGAUCGGGAUCGCGAUCGCCGACAGCGUCGAGAUCGUGAAAGAAGUCGAAGCAGAGAUCGGAGAGACGACAGACGUGAUGAUGGGAGAAAUGAGAGGCGAGACGAGCGACGGCAGAGAGAUAGGAGCAGGCAGCGACACCGUUCGCGAUCAAGGGAGCGCAGACGACGGAGUCCUGGAGCAAAUUCUCGCCGCGAUGAUUAAUGCGGCCAUUUCCAUUCAUUAAUCUUCAAGAAGAUUGUUAUAUAGAUGUGCAUUUCUCGAGUAUUUUACAACUUAUAAAUAAUGAGCAAAGAUACCCAUAUCAAAUACUAAGAUGC